AUGGCAGACUCUCGUCUGUUUGAAAGACUGCGGGUGUAUCCAUUCCACACAGAUCUCGAAUUUGCAAAUGGCCUGUCAAUUAUCCUCGGUCAUCCUGGCACACCCGCCACCGAAGCGGAGAUGAAUCGAGACGAUGACCUUGUCUUGCAAGCAAAAUGUUUCUUUUUUUCCCGGUAUUUGCGGCUUUUCCUUGUGCUUGUCUUUCUCCCGCUGAUGUCUAUCAAUAGGAAAGAGAAGCUCACGCCGCCGAUUGACUCCACAGUGUAUAAGUCGUGGUUGGCAUCGCGAUCAAAUGGCUCUUCAGAGUCGAAGACUGCGACAGGACCGUCACCGGUGUUGACCGGAUUGCCCUCGGGGCCAACUGGCUCUGGCUCUGAACCCUCAGGGCCCGAGCCUGCUUAUCCAUCCUCGUUUGCCCACAUCGUGGAACUCAUCACGACGGGACAACCCAUCCCCGGGAUUCAACAGAUUCCUGACACGGUUUUAGCCGGACACGAUAGUUCGAGUGAAAAACCUCAGCGGCGAAAACCUUGGGAGAAAAAUGACCCACGGGGUAGUCCGGAGCAAAUUCCCGGUGGGACAUCUUGA